UUGAGACACCCAUGAAGUUCGGGAAGCGUUUGAAGCAACAAAUCCAGGAGUCCCAGCCGGGUUGGCGGGACAAGUUUUUGUCGUACAAGGAGCUGAAGAAGCUUGUGCGGUUGACCUCAGCCGCUCCAAUGUCGUUGAAUGGGUCGCUCGAGUAUGGCAAGGCGGAGGAGGAGUUUGUCUACUUGCUGAACAGUGAGAUCGAGAAGUUCAAUGCCUUCUUUAUGGAGCAAGAGGAGGAUUUCGUUAUCCAGCAUAAGGAGUUACAACAUAGGAUCAAGAGGGUAAUUGACACGUGGGGGCCCAACGGGAGUCGGCCUUCCGAGGCAGAUUAUAAGGAGGAGAUGGCAAAAAUCAGAAAAGACAUUGUUGAUUUUCAUGGUGAAAUGGUGCUUUUAGUAAAUUACAGCAAUGUCAAUUACACAGGGGUGGCCAAGAUCUUGAAGAAGUAUGAUAAGCAAACAGGUGGGCUUCUGCGCUUGCCAUUCAUUCAGAAGGUGUUGCAGCAGCCAUUUUACACAACCGAUCUUAUCUCAAAGCUUGUGAAGGAAUGUGAAAGCACCAUUGAUGCAGUAUACCCAGCUGAGCAAGAAGAGAGAACCAGAGAAGUAAGGGAAGCCAUAACAGUUGCAGAAGAAGGCAUUUUCAGGAACACUAUUGCAGCCUUGCAGAGCAUGCAAGAGAUUAGAAGAGGAAGCUCCACUUAUGGCCACUUUUCUCUGCCUCCUCUGAACCUGCCAGAUUCUGAGCUCAUUCAAUCAUUCCAACUCAACUCCCCUAUACCCAUUGUCUAAUCCAUAUAAUACUACAACAGUCGUUCGGAUUGGAAUUCACAGCAAUUACAAUUACGUAUCUUAGCAAUUAUAAUUAUGUGUCUCAAUUGCUGGCAAUUCAGACAAGUAAUUGUUGUGAUGCCGCUCCACAACGGUUAUAUAACACAUAGUUGGUCAAUAACUUAAAUUCCUAUGUUUUUGGGGAUACAGGUUGCAGUAAAUUUUAGUAUA